CAAUCUUGGAAGGCGGUAGCCUCAGAUCGAUCACUCUUCACUCCAGUCCGACGGUCCUUUGCGUUCUCCGACAAGAACAUAGAACUCUCUUCUUAUCCAUCGCCUCUCCUCCCAAUUACCAGGCGAACCCCCGAGAAGCCGCCACGUGGACACGCCUCCUCUCGAGAGCCCUAUCGUGCACCCCCGCGCACGUUAACCCUCGCCACCUCAUCGCCGCCGUCGCCGCAAGUUCAGCGCCGUCUCUCUGGAAGCCACCCCCCGCCCGCCCGCCAUCAUAUACAACAAUAACACGCUCCCCCAGACAUGUCCUUCGCACUUUCCCCUCCGGCACCUCCCCCCUCCAUCGCGCCCCAUGCGCACCUUAGCGCCGCCCUCCCUCCCAUGUCUAUCCUGCGCCGCCUAGCCCCCACCACCCCCCCCCGCCCCGCCCCACGCCGCCGCCGCCUCGCCUCCGUCGCCGCCGCCGCCGUCCGCCAGGACACCACCGUCUGGACCCCCGCCCCUUCCCUCGUCGAGUCCGCCGCCGAGUCCCUCUUCCACGUCAGCAUCGACGUCUCCGACGCGCCCGAGCUCGUCGUCUCCCACGCGCGGCCCGGGCAGUACCUGCAGCUGCGCGUCCCCGACGCCGACAAGCCGACGUUCCUGGCCAUAGCCUCGCCGCCCUCGCUCGCGGCGGCGCGCGGGGAGUUCGAGUUCCUGGUGAAGAGCGUGGCCGGCAGCACGGCGGAGGUGCUGUGCGGGUUGAGGAAGGGCGAUGUGGUGGAGCUGAGCCAGGUCAUGGGGAAGGGUUUCGACAUCGACCGGAUCGAGCCUCAGGAUUACCCUUCGGUUUUCAUAUUCGCCACCGGAUCUGGAAUCAGUCCUAUCCGAUCUCUAAUUGAGUCAGGAUUUGGUGCUGACAAGAGAAAUGAUGUUAGGCUCUAUUAUGGUGCUAGAAACCUUCAGAGAAUGGCUUACCAGGAUAGGUUUAAGGAGUGGGAAUUGUCAGGCGUUAAGAUAGUACCAGUAUUAUCCCAACCAGAUGAUGGUUGGAGUGGGGAAACUGGCUAUGUACAGGCCGCAUUCAAUAGAGCCAAAAGGAAUUUGAGCCCUCAGGCAACAGGUGCUGUGCUCUGCGGUCAGAAGCAGAUGACAGAGGAAAUCACUUCGAUUCUUGUAGCUGAUGGUGUUUCGAGCGAGAAGAUUUUGAAGAACUUCUGAUCACAAUUGGAUGAGAUCAACGUGUUGUACCUAUUAUUUAUUUUAUUCAUUCCAGCUGCUGAAGAUCAAUAACAUUUCAGCUCGGAAUAGAAUAAUAAAACCAAAUUUGGACAUUUUUGCUCCAUACGCUGUACGUUAGAAUGCCAUGGAAAAUAGUCUUCCAUCAGAUUAUGACUAGUAACAAAGAUCAUUUUUUGACUUCC